CGGUUGAUCAGAAGGCCACGUGGCUACUAUCACUUUGUAAAUAGAAUCCUAGACCCCAUCACUAAAUUCACAGCCCCCGCAAUGGCCCAUCAGAGCAAAAUCCUUUGGCUGUUUUCUGAAGAUGGCCCUCACCUGCAGUACCAUGUGAUCAUCGAUGAGCCCAUGGCCGCCUAUCUCAAGGAUAAAUAUGCUAAGGCAAUUGGCGUGCACCCUAGUUCCCUGAUCCUGGUCUUUGAUGGUAAACCAAUUCAGGAUCAGGACACCUUCGACUCUUUGGCCAUGGACGAAGAUGAUAUCAUAGACGUUUUAGUGUCCUGAUGCCAUGAAAACAUGUUUGUUUAUUUUUGAUUCACGUAAUUGCAGAGCAGAGUCAAUGAACUAAGCUACCGCAUGUACUUGGCAAGCACAGUGAGAAAUUGAUUAGGCCGUUUGAUGAAAAACAUAAGUAAAUAAUGCCUGCUUGUAAUAUUUAAAAGUCGGAAAUUAAUUGUUAAAAAAAUGUAGGUUUUCUUUAAUAAAUAUUUAAAUAUUUUGUUAUACUAAUAAUAACA